UUUAGGACUGUCAGUGUUUGUCGAACAUCAGUAGAUUUGCAUUGGGUGAGUUGGAGAGUCUGACUUGAGCAGUUCCGGGUUCUCUCCAAAUCUUUAGCUGGCUAUAUUUUAAGAAGUGAGCUCGCUAGAUUUUAACGGUAGUUGGGGCGUCCUUCUCCGGAUUCUUUAAACAAUGGCGCUUCUCAUGGAGCACCAAUUCAGACAGCUCCCCGCCGAUAAGCAAGUGGAGACCAGGCCCUUUCUGGAGUCGGUGUCGUACCUUCCGCCAUUCUUUGGUAAACUGCUGGGCUCCACGGUCUUCGCUCCGGUCAAAGCGGACAUUGCUGGAAACAUCACGAAAAUCAAAGCAGUGUACGACAGUAACCCGUCCAGGUUUAAGACCCUGCAGCAGAUCCUGGAGGCGGAGAAGGAGAUGUACGGCUCUGAUUGGCCCAAAGUAGGAGCCACCCUGGCGCUUAUGUGGCUCAAAAGGGGUCUCCGGUUCAUCCAGGUCCUGCUGCAGAGCCUCGUGGACGGCGAGAGGGACGACAGCAACCCCAAUCUCAUCCGCGUCAACAUCACCAAGGCGUACGAGCUGGCGCUGAAGAAGUACCACGGGUGGCUGGUCCAGCAGCUCUUCAAGGCGGCGCUGUACGCGGCCCCCUACCGGUCGGACUUUAUCAAGGCUCUGGCCAAGGGGCGGGAGGUGAAGGAGGAGGACUGCUUGGAGAAGGUCCGGCAGUUCCUGGUCAAUUACACGGUCACGGUGGACGCCAUCUACGAGAUGUACAACAAAAUGAACGCUGAGCUGGACUACAAAGUGUGACCCCACCCGCCCCGCCCUGUCCCGCCCCGCCCCGGUCCUCACGACCUGUUUCACUGUCUGACCAAAGCCUUUAGCCCCCGCCCCGCCCCGCCCCGCCCCGCCCCGCCCCGCCCCGCCCCGUUUGCUUUUAUCUUUCGUCCUGCGGCUUGCCUCGGGCUGUGUGCCUUUUUGCACUUUCGUGGGCGCGGUUCGUGACCUGGUUCAGCCGAACAGAUGGCCACACCCCUCUGUGUUCCUCUUUAACUUUUUUACUGGAGUGCCUUUGGCUCGAAAUCUUCUGAAGAGGCGGGUAGGUGUCCUCAAUGCGCUGUGGCUGCACAUGGCCUACUGUAGGCUGUCCUCACUGACGCACACAUUACAUUACAGGCAUUACAUUACAUUACAGGCAUUACAUUACAUUACAUUACAUUACAGGCAUUACAUUACAUUACAGGCAUUACAUUACAUUACAUUACAUACAUUACAUUACAUUACAUUACAGGCAUUACAUUACAUUACAUUACAGGCAUUACAGUACAUUACAUUACAGGCAUUACAUUACAUUACAUUACAGACACUACAUUACAUUACAUUACAGGCAUUACAUUACAUUACAGGCAUUACAUUACAUUGCAGGCAUUUAGCCUCACACAACAUUCUACAUCGCAGUUACGUUACAUCCGUUUAUACAGCUGGAUAUGUACUGAAGCAAUGCAGGUUAAGUACCUCGGCUCAAGGGUACAACGGCAGUGUCCUACCCGGGAAUCGAACCUGUGACCUGCAGGUUACAAGACCAGUUCCUUACUCAUUAUACUACACUGCUGCCCCCCCACAUCCGCGCUGUAGGCCCCCAGCCCAGUGCUUUUUUAUAUUAUAUAUUAUAUUUUAUAUUUUAACCUGAUAUGGCUGGAAGACGCGGCAACUGGGAAUAUUCAUCCAUUAAAAAAAAAAAAAAAACCUUAUUAACACCAACCAGCCUUUUUUGAGGCUGUUUUUUAGGAAAACCAAAACCAAAGUAUUUGAACACCAAACUGUAACUUAAUGCCUGCCAGCCAGCGCCCCCCGCCCCCCCCCCAGUUCAAGAGCUUGUUAAACCGGUUUUGCCAUCAGCAAUGUUUUAUUUAUUAGUUCCUUAAGCUCUGUGACCGUUAAUUUAAACCCCAGCACGCUGACCAGAAACUUACUUGAAGCUACUUUCACACACUUGCAAAAAUACUGUAUUCAGAUCAACUGCGUUUUGUUUCGGAAGGUGUGUCUAUUUCUGACUGAUUGAGGAAUAUCAAUAUACCUUAUGGACUUGCUAUAUAUACUGUAUGUGACAGACCUGGGUCCAAUACGUAUUUGUUUUGGAUUCAAAUACUUCUCCACACUUUACUGAUCUUGUCUGGUGCAUUGGAACCAAUGAACUGCUCUCAAGAAGUGCAAACCUCGCCUUCUGGUCAUAUUGGCAGGCUCAGUUACACCAGGCAAGAGCAAUAGAGCACAGAAAAGUAAUUGAAUCCUAAACAAAUACGUAUUUGACCCAGGUCUGGUGGAUAUAAUAUGACUGAAAUGUUUCAGUUGUCUUAUGAUUUGUGAAAUUAUACUGACGUCCAAAUGGGUAAAUGGUCAGACUCUUACGAUGUUCGGUGAGGUUAAAUCAUGCAAAGUACUGAAGUGGUACUACGUUGUAUUUACUGUCUUUUACAAAAUACUGUCACGUACUUGCAGUCAGUGGAAGGACCGCCAUUCCUCUCUUAAUUAUGCACAGUGCUUUGUGUUUGACCUGCCUUCAAUCCUAAUUUUUUUUUUUAAAGAAAAGAUGUUUUGGGAAAGUUCAGCUAAAAAAGGUGGGAUUGGUGGACUUUGGUGCUUUUGCCAUCAACUCAAAUCCACAUUUUAAAGCGAUGUUAAUAAUCGUUUGUGUUCGUUCAGGAUUUCAGGAAAUGAAUGGAUUAUGUGAAAUGGACUCCUGAUGAUAUAUAUUUUUUCCAUGAGAUAUUUAUUUGGCUUAAUUCUUAGCCUGGAUACAAAGACUUAGUGUUAGUGGGACCACAAGAUUUCAGCCUCUUUCAAAAAAAAUGUGAUCAGCUUUUUUUAACCACAGUUAUGAAUUUUAUUUUCCCUCGCUGAAGAUUUCAAAUCACCUUCAAAAUGAUAAAAUAAAUGGUCCUGCAAACCUGAUCUCUUAUUUUCAGGUAAUUUCAGGUAAAUAUUUUCAGUGCCCCCUCUGCAGGUGAUGCUCACAAUGCCUUUUGCCUCCGACACCAAAGUGCAGAUUUAUGCCUUCUUCAUACACCAGUGGAGAGUUUACAUGACGUUCACCUCUUGAACAGUUACAAUAAUAAUAAUGAUAAAUAAUAUGUUUAGUGUUGAAUGUAAGAUUUUACCUCUGGCUGAAUUAUGCAGGGCUACUGUAUAUCCACUGUAUGGACAAAAAUCAUCUGUAUUUUUAUUUUUUUCUUCUCUUCCAAUAAGUGUAUUUUUAAGGUGGCUAAAUGUUUGGGAAUCAAAUUAUUCCAGUAAUAUGAGGAAUGCCGAAUGUUCUGGAAUACACACGUAUAGCAGCAACACGAAAAAUAAAAAUGCCACCACAUGCCUUGCCUGUUACGCAGGUGUACCAUGUACCUUAUCAGGGUGGCUCAUGGGAGUUUUCUUGCAGCAUUCUGUUGUGUGCGUUUGCCUGUAAGCUGGACGUGUAGCUAAAUUAAAUUAAUCGAAUAGUUCAGCUUUUACUACCUACUUCAAUGCACUGAGUGUGGCUGGGUUCUGGGUGCGUUUGUUAUACUGAUAUUUGCUUCUGUUUCUUACUUUGCCUGAUUAUUUUUGAACUUUGUCUCAUCCCUUCCUGUCGAUCUCAAAUAAUUAAUGAACAAUUGUAAUAUUUCUUAAUUUAUUAAUUGUCCACACAUUUAUUAUGAAUAUGACCAUGAGCUUAUUGGGGUUGAUUUUGGUGAACAUGAAUCUUAAACAUGCUUAUUCUAAUGUUUUAUGAAUAAAACAAGCAAACAACAAAAGGGCUACUUGACUGUGUUGUUCAUGUUUAUGAACUAAUCAAAGCCAUGUGAUGUAAUGGAGCAUAGAUAGCAAUGUGGUGUGUGUGUGUUAUGUACAUGUUUGUAUGUGAAUGCAUUUUCAAUGCCAGAAUAUCAGUCAAAAAAUGUAAUGGGAAGGGGAGGUGCACGCUUGCAACUCCAAUAGUCACUUUAUUUGUGAAAUGUUAACAGAUUGGGAAUAACUAUUUAAAAAAAUACUCUAUAUUCAUAUAUUUGUAUGUCGUUAACCUCAUUAUCUGAUCAAUAAAAAUAUAUGGAUUUAUAUAUGUAAA